AUGAUUAAUAAUAGUGAUGAUGAUGAUGAUGAUGAUGAUGAUGAUGAUGAUGAUGAUGAUGAUGAUGAUGAUGAUGAUGAUGAUGAUGAUGAUGAUGAUGAUGAUGAUGAUGAUGAUGAUGAUGAUGAUGAUGAUGAUGAUGAUGAUGAUGAUGAUGAUGAUGAUGAUGAUGAUGAUGAUGAUGAUGAUGAUGAUGAUGAUGAUGAUGAUGAUGAUGAUGAUGAUGAUGAUGAUGAUGAUGAUGAUGAUGAUGAUGAUGAUGAUGAUGAUGAUGAUGAUGAUGAUGAUGAUGAUGAUGAUGAUGAUGAAUAUAUCAUGUCCUGA